AUGCCUAGGAAGAAGAAGGCCAACUCAGCUGAUGGGCUCCACUUCGUUGUCAGCAAUGGGCCCAAACCUCCUUCGGAUCCUGCCGUUCGGACGAUAAUCCGGAGACAGGCGAUGAGAGAUGUGGGAGUGGAGCGGAGAGUGAGAAAUGCCGAAAAGAAGCUCGCGAAAACAGGUUCGAUGCCGAAGAGUUGUAUGCCUGAGCAGCUUGAACAACAGCUGGCUGUUCGUGGAGUGUGCAGUGUCUCUGCAGGCUCUAUCGAGUCAUCUGAGGGGACUCAAACCAUUCCGGACGUCGUCUUUGAGGACGAAUGGAAAAUCAGCGAAGACUACGAUUCCGAGCAUUGGUUUCUUGCCCGCCACGAUACGGAAGUUUUCUGCCCUUCGCCAUUCAUCCUUCCGGUGCCAAUGACAGGCUACGAAGCUACACGAUCUCGCUUUGGAGUUGACCUGAGCAUGCUCGAUCGCCUGACGAGUUUCAGCGUGGGGAAGACUACUAUGGGACAGCUUGCGGAAGAUCCUUUCAGGAUUUACUCGCUUGUUGUGGAUUCGGCGCCGGAGAGGACGGGGUCGUAUUUGGCGCUGGUUCCGAAACGUUAUGGAGAGAGUAGGGUCUUGAGUGCCGUGACGGAUUGUCUACUGGCGAAGGCCAAUAGCACCUUGAUGCCUUGUGUGGAGAAUGAGGUUACGUCUUCGAAGCUUUAUGCGAGGGCUUUGAAUGUUUUGCAGAGGAGUAUAGCGGAUGACGGGAAGUCGAUUGAUGCCGAUCUGGUCUGCGCUGUGCAAAUGAUGACUUUGAACGAGCUCCUUGAUCCUUCGAGAAUCGAUGCUUACGCAAACCAUGUGGCGGGAAGUACUCGGCUGAUGGAACAUCGAUCACCUCGUGCUUUCAAGGAUGAAUUUGAGAAGGCUUUGUUUCACAGUCACGUUGGACCGGUUGUGUCUGAGGCUUUGCAUAAUAAUACACACUGCUAUUUAGCUGAGCCUGAAUGGACAGCGCUGUACGAAUCAUUGGCUACCGCUACAGACAAGUUGACAGAACGGCACGAACUUGUGAUUAGUGCUCGAAAACUUAUAUUUCCGCUCCCAGGUCUUUGGCACGACGUUAGCAAGGCGUUGAAAUCGCACCAAAACCUCCAGGAGUCAGUUCUUCUUCAUCGAUUGGAGCAACGAUGCCGGGCAUUGGACUCACAAUACGCAAUUUGGCGCGAGGCUUACAAGGAGUACUGCAUGUCACGCUCUCUCGCAAUCCCUACUGAGCAGGAAGUCAACAUUCGGAGAGAGACGUACGGCCAGGCACUGGAGUCUCUUUUGAUAGUCAAGAUGCUGCUUGCAACUGUGAUUUCAGAUGCCAGUGUUGUUGCAGAAGAGAUUCGGGUUCUGGCAAAGCAGAUCAUGGAUUUGCAGAGACAGCCCGUCCCGAAGCACUCGUGGCUUUUCACGGGCCAGGAAGUUGGUGUAGCUCAGGUGGCUAUUGCGACUUGUGAUAAUUUUCUCGAAGACCUCAGUCAUCUACCUCCAGAGGAGCGUCUUUCCAAAAUGCAGAGGCGAUACAUGUGCUGGAGUGGGAUGUUGAGAGGUUCUUGA